AUGACAGCAAGAUGGGGUGAGAUGGAUAUAUUGAAAACAAAACAGUCUAACAUGGUAGUGUCAAGUUUGAUUUUGCGACUGUCAUUUUGCAAGAUAGCCUCAGAAGCCGAUGGUCAGUCUAAAUUGGAGUUAUUAUCAGCUCUGGGGAUGAAGGAUAAAAAUAUGCUCAAGACGUGCUACAGCAGCGUGAAAACUGAUCUAUCGAUACUAACAGAAUCUGAUCUCAUCUUACUCAAUAAGAUAUACGUGAACUACACAUCUCACGUGAAGUCAAGUUUCAUAACGGAUUCUUGGCAAAAUUAUGGAGUGUUAGUUGAAAAGAUAUCGUUUAAAUAUAAACAAGCGGCGAAAUCGUUCAUUAAUAGAUGGGUGGAAGUUAAUACAUACAAACGGAUAACAGAUAUAAUAAAUGACAAUGAUAUUGACGAGUCCACAGCAAUGAUUAUAGUGAAUGCAGCACAUAUGAAGCCUACUUGGGAAUUCCCAUUCAAUAUUAAAUACACUACACAGAAAACCUUCAGACUAAACAACAAUACCGUGAUAAAAAUUCCAAUGAUGACAAAAGUUGAUCAAAUACUUUAUUUGGAUGAUGAAUUGAACGACUUAGAGAUGAUUUCAAUGCAUCUUGGUGCACGAGGUUUUUCAAUAUGUAUUAUAGUGCCAAACAGUGUUGACAGUUUACCAAAAUUCCUGGACAAGCUGUCCAAAGACCCUGAUAUGAUGAUCAGAAACCGAAACAACAUGAAGUGGACAUAUCUGAAGGUGGAACUGCCCAGAUUUAAGAUAAAAUUUCUCGUUGAUUUAACUGAGUAUUUGAAAGGGAUUGGAUUAAAAAGUAUAUUCGAUCUACAAUCGUCAGGUUUAGAUUCCAUAUCAAAUAACAAUACAAUAAAUAAAAUGUACUUGAACCGAGUUAAGCAGAAAAUCUUCUUUGAGCUUGAUGAGAUGGGCCCAUACAGACAAAUAAACCCCUCCGACUACAUGAUGCAAGAUAUCUCACCGAAUGCAAGAGUUAGUGGAAACCUAAAGUAUUUUGCCGCAACUAAGCCGUUUUACUUCACCAUCACAAUGGAAACGGGUCACGCCGUGGAAGAGUUAUUCAAUGGUGUUUAUUAUGGUUAUUAA